GUUGGCCUCCAUACGUUGCACACAACGUUUUUGGAAGAAUUUUUUUAUCUAAAAAUCUGUACUUGUGAUUUUUUUCUUUUGAAGUUCAGUGUUGAAUCAUCUGUCAUCUAGAAACAGCGAAGAAUGACACUGUUACCGCCGACGGUCGAGCAACAGAAACGCAUAAACGAGGAAGUUCCGACCGAGCCGGAAAUGAGGAAACGCGAUGUCGCCGCAAUACGCAGCUGGCUCGCGAAACAACCUCAUCUGCCUAAUCACAUGGAUGACGUUAGGCUGGAGAGAUUCCUCUUCGGUUGUAAAAACAGUUUGGAACGAUGCAAAUUGAUUUUAGAAAGAUACUUCAGCGUUCGUACAGCAAUACCGGAGUUCUUCGCGAUCCGUGAUCCUUUAUCACAGGAGAUCCAGGAAUGCUGCGAAGCAAUCCAUUACUUCGUUUUACCGUCGUUGACAAAGGAUGGCCAUCGUGUGAGCGUUUUACGACUGCGAAACACCGCGAUAGAGAAGUUCUCUAUUCAGGCUAUCUCCAGAAGAAUUCUUAUGGUGUUAGAUGCACGUUUGAUGGAAGAACGGUGUCUGUCGAACAUCAUGGUCAUCGAUCUCCAAGGAUUCAGCGUGGUGCACUUCACGAAAUGCAGUCCAACGCAGAGUAUCGUGAGGAAAUCGAUGCUGGCUGUACAGGAUAGCAUGCCACUGCGUCUUCACAGAGUUCACUUCCUCCAUGCACCUGCGUUUAUAGAGAAUAUUCUUAACAUAUUUUACCCCUUGCUCAAGGAACGUCUCGUUCAAAAGUUUCGCAUCCAUACUGGUGGUGGAGAGGAGUUGUAUCCUUACAUGGACAAAGAGAUCCUGCCAAACGAAUGGGGUGGUCAUGCAGGCACCUUUGAUCAGCUGAAUGACGCAUGGAAGAAGAAAAUUGAGAAAAACAGAGAUUGGUUCCUCCGCGAAGAGAAGAUUAGUCGAACAAACGAAAACGCGAGACUUCCUGAAUCGAAAUCAAGGCUGCUGAUUGAACUGGAAGGAUUGCAAGGUUCCUUCAGACAAUUAAACAUCGAUUAAAUAAAUAGAGAAUUCUUAAUAAAUAAGAAUCGUCUGUUUUUUCUCUGGGAUAUAAAUGUACAAUUAUCUUGGAUCUUUUUAACUUUGCGAUAACCGACAACAUUCUGCGAAGUCCCCUAGAUAGCGCCACGGAAGAGUUCCAAAUCCACAGGCAAGCAUUAUCCAGGGUAAUUUCGCUGAAUGAAAGCUACAAUUAUCUAACCUAACGAUCUAACGCGUCACAUCAAAGCUGUUUCAUAUUGUAAUAUUUUGCAAAAAGUACAUUAAAUGUUUAUGUAACUCUAAUCCAUUAUACAGUAUCCUUUUAUACUGAUCAUACUUGUUUAUGUGUUGUUUGAUGUUGUUGAAGAUAUUCUAACAUAUCUUUCCAAUUGCAAUGUACUUAUAUUGUCCUAUAAUAAUUUCUGUUAAUUACUAUUGAUAAUCAAACAUUUCGGCUAAAUUCCCCAAAAUACUAAUUUCUUGAUACAUUUAUCAGAAAAUCUUAGGGAUUUAAAGAAAUCUAACUGGGCCGUCUACUUGGUCCGUUUUCUCGGUUCAAGCAACUUCAACCAUUCAUGAUAUUUAAAUCUGAACAAUAUACUGAUUCCGAGCAAGUAUUACACACGUUUAACGAUUCUCAACUGGGUAUAACUUCCUGACCCAUCAAACAUAAUUUAACUUUUAUCGACUAUUUCCUAUACUCUUGAAAGUGAUUCGAACUUUAUAUGCCAUUAAAAUUGAAUGGAAUCAAAUGGCAAAUAAAAUUGUCCGUUGAAAGAAAAUGAACCGUAGUACGAUCGAUUACGCAAACUGCAAUUAAUUCGACUAAUUCAAUGACGGUGACCGUGCUGGCUAGAUAUACAAUAUCCCUGUCCUGCCGCACUGUACAGUACGACGGCAGGGUGGAUUGAUUUUUCGCCCCCUGACGUCACUACGGGGCUAGCA